AUGCAAGUGAUCAUCAGUGAUGAGCGGCGAAUUUUUCUUUCGUUCUUGCUUUUUGGACUUAUAAACAACAUUCUCUAUGUGGUGAUUCUUUCUGCUGCCAUAGACCUAGUUGGCUCCUCUACUCCUAAAGCCGUGGUGCUCUUGGCUGACAUUGUCCCCGCGUUUUUGAUCAAGGUGGUGGCCCCAUUUGUUAUCCAUUUGGUGGCAUAUAAGGCUCGAUUAUGGUGCUUGGUGGCGCUAUCUGUGGUUGGAAUGCUUAUUGUGAGCACUGGCUCGGGCGCCAAUGCGGGAUCUGUGGGAUUCACUGUGUUUGGCAUAUGUCUUGCGCUGGCAUCAGCUGGUCUCGGAGAAAUAACGUUUUUACUGUUGACACAUUUCUAUAACGAGAAAUACUCAAUUGGUGGCUUUUCCACUGGAACCGGCGCAGCUGGCUUGUUGGGAAGCUUUGUGUUCAUGGUAAUGACCAACACUUUGCUGAUCUCUGUCCGCUUAGUGCUCAUUCUCUUUGCGGUGGUGCCCCUCGGUUUUUUGUUUGCGUACUUCGUUCUUCUUCCCAGUCUGAUCAUGGCGAAGGAUGUCGUCGACUACGAGAGGCUCGAAACUACCCCAAAUGAUUCGCAGCAAGAAAAUGUGAUCCCAUCUACGUUCUUGGUCGAACCACGAGAAACUAAUUUUAUUGCACAUAUCUGGAAAACAGUCGAUGAUAUCAAGCCUCUUGUCAUUCCUUUCAUGAUCCCAUUGUGUUCGGUUUAUAUAUCCGAGUACGUCAUUAACCAAGGUGUGUCACCUACACUUUUGUUCCCCAUUGAAGACUUGCCCAAAUGGCUCUUUUCUUCCUACCGUGACAUCUACGUUGUUUACGGGUUUCUUUAUCAAUUGGGUGUGUUCAUAUCUCGCUCAUCGACAAUUUGGGGUUUCCGCUUCAAGCAUCUUUACUUACUUUCGAUUCUUCAGUUUGCCAACUUGCUACUUACGGUGGUGCAAUCGUUGUACGAUCUUCCAUUCACAAGCAUAUGGCCACUUCUAGUUCUUAUUUUCUAUGAGGGUCUACUAGGUGGCUGCCUGUACGUUAACACGUUCAUGUCAGUUAGCGAACAGGUUCCAAUACAAAGACGUGAAUUUAGCAUGGGCUGUGUCGGAGUCAGUGACAGCUUUGGCAUUGUCAUUGCGGGAAUCAUUAAUAUGGGCUUGGAAUUGAAGUUGUGUGAUUUACAGGUCGAAAGAGGUAGGGAGUGGUGCCGCAGUGGAUAA